AUGCGGCCAAUUUCUUGCUCAUCAUCUGAAUUCAGAUUGGAGGGAGAUUACUUAUUGGGUGGCCUUUUUGCUUUACAUGAAAUUGACACUGUGACACCUGUUUUCAACCCGGAGACCACUGAAUGUUUCAGGCACAGUACCUCAAAAUCUGGAUAUGAAAUGUUGCAAUUAAUGAGGUUUGCUGUUGAGGAGAUUAAUAAUUCCACAACUCUUUUGCCUAAUGUUUCUCUGGGCUAUGACAUUUUUGACCAUUGUUCUAACACAAGGAAUUUCCAUUCAGUCUUAAGUUUUAUCUCAAAGAAUGGCUCAAUAAAACCUCAACAAAAACUCAACUAUCAGCCUAAAGUGAUUGCUUUAACAGGACCAUAUGGAAGCUCAAGAACUAUAUCUGUUGCACCACUGAUCACAAUGGACCUUAUACCAAUGGUGAAUUAUGGAGCUUCUAGCUAUGUGCUCAGCGAUAAACUUCAGUAUCCUUCUUAUGUAAGAACAAUUCCUAGCAACAAAGACCUGAUAGAGAUGACUAUUCAAAUCUUACGAUGGUUUGGAUGGAACUGGGUUGCCUUUCUUAGUAGUCAACAGGAUUUGGAUGGACUAAAUCUGUUUAACAAAUAUAUAAGAAAUACUGGCAUUUGUUUGGCCUAUCAAGAGGGUCUGAGUCUAAAUGCAAACUAUAGUCAAACGCUUAAAAAGAUUGAUGAGCUCAAAAUCAAUGUCAUUGUAAUUUUUGCUUGGCCACAAUAUGCAGACAAAAUAAUCAAAGCAGCCAUAGCAAACAACAUCCAAGACAAAGUAUGGAUUGCAAGUCAACAUUGGGCAAUGAAUAAACAGCUUCCAAGUGAGCCAGGAAUUAGGAAAAUUGGCACAAUCAUUGGCAUUACGGAGAACCUGUUGUCAUUGCCUGGAUUUAAUGAAUUUGUCUAUAAAGCCAAAGGAACAACUGAUGUUGGCCAUAAUGAUAGAGCUGAGAAUGAAGUCCAGGGGAAGAGUAAAAUAUGUAAUCAAGUUUGUGAUUACUGCUCAUUGUUGACCGCAGAGGAGAUUAUAAAUGAAAAUCCCACAUACUCCUUUGCCAUCUAUUCUGCUAUAUAUACCAUAGCUCAUGCAUUACAUAAAGUUCUGCAGUGUGAUAUGAAUAAAUGCAACAAAAAUACAAUGGUCAAGCCAUACAUGAGCCCAUCGACGCCAGAGCUGGGAUGGAUGCCGAGCUUCUCCGUAUCCUCUCAAAGGCCGUUGAGGAACUCCAACUGGAGUGGGCCCCCCCCUGAAGGGCCGACACGCAGCAGGCUGGACGAGUGGUACCUGCCAGGACGCCGCCAGGCCCCCCGCCAGCGCUCUGCCCCGUUCUUCCCUGAGGUUCAUGAUGAGCUGACAAAGUCGUGGCGCGCCCCCUACUCGGCCCACCUACGCACUUCCUCUGCAGCUCUCAGCUCAGUAGAUGGCUCUCAGGAGAAGGGCUAUGAGCAAUUGCCGCCCCUGGACGAGGCCGUGGCUUCUCACCUCUGUCCCCCCGCGGCUGUGGGGUGGAAAAACAAGAGAGCCCUUCCUUCCAAGCUCUGCAGGACGACCUCUGCCAUGGCUGGCAGAGCCUACACUUCUGCGGGCCAAGCCGCUUCAGCACUACACACCAUGGCCAUAUUAAAAGUGUUCCAGGCAAAGCUUCUCCAUUCCCUGGAUGAGUCUAGUCCUAGUGACCCUGCUUUUUGCGACCUCCGCAGUGCCACAGAUUUGGCCCUGCGCGCCACGAAAGCCACGGCCCAGGUUAUCGGACGAUCCAUGGCCAACCUGGUUGUGCUGGAGCGCCACCUCUGGCUCAACCUAACAGAGAUUAAGGAGAGCGACAAAGUGGCCUUUCUCGAUGCCCCAGUCUCUCCAUCCAGUCUCUUCGGGCCAGCCGUAGAAGGGUUUACAGAGCAUUUCACUGCAGCACAGAAGUCGUCCCAAGCCAUGCGACACUUCCUGCCCAAGCGCUCCACCUCUGCCUUGAGUCGCCCCAGGACUGCGCCGACUCAGCACCAGAGCAAACCUGUCCCUUCUACCCCCCAGGCGGCGCCCCCUGAGGAGCAGCACCCAGCUCGCCCCACUAGGCGCACUAAACCACCUAGACGUCAGGGCCCCCGGCAAAGGAUUGUGCUGGACCCGAUGCCCUCUAAAUCCUCCUGA